GUCCCGACCCAGAGCUUCUGUGGGGCAGGAUGAUGGGGGGGCUCUGCUCCCCGCUGGCCGCGCUGCUGCUGCUGCUGGUACUGCUGGUGGUGCUGCCAUCCCCAACGCAGGGUGCAGAGGAGAGUCAAGACCAGACAGUGUUCAGCCGUAUCAUAGGGGGGCAGGAUGCACAGGAGGGUCAAUGGCCCUGGCACGUCAGUGUGCAAAAAUAUGACAAAAAACAUAAAUAUCACCACCACUGUGGAGGAUCCCUCAUCUCAGCCCAGUGGGUGCUGUCAGCCGCUCACUGCUUCAAUCCCUCUGUGCCCUAUUCCAAGUACCGUUUGGUGCUGGGGGCUCGCCAGCUCCUCAACUACUCCGGGAAUCAGGUCCUGGCCGAGGUGCAGAAGAUCAUCCCCCACCCCUGUUACAAUAGGACGAGCCUCGUUGCUGACAUCGCCUUGGUGAGGCUGAAGAAGCCAGUGGAAUUCACAACGUUUAUCGAGCCCAUCUCCCUGCCAGGUGACUCCUGCCACUUCCCCAAGGAGAAGGAGUGGUGUUGGGUCACCGGCUGGGGACGGGUUGAAGUCACCGAGCCUCUCCCAGAACCCCAGACCCUGCAGGAGCUGGAGGUUCCCAUCAUCAGUACAGCAGACUGCAUCGAUCGUUACAACACACUGAUUCCACACUCACCUCUGGGUCCAGAGCCAAUCAAAAGCGACAUGAUCUGCGCCGGGUACAUGGACAGCCCCAAGGGAUUCUGCUAUGGUGAUUCCGGGGGGCCUCUGGCCUGUAAGCAGGACGGCACCUGGUACCUGGCUGGAGUCGUGAGCUGGUUUAUGACCGGAAAUGUGAAUGGAAUUGUCUGUUCUGAGCCAACGUUCCCCGGGGUCUUCACCCGGGUGACAGCCUACGACAGCUGGAUCCAGGGGCAUGUGAACGGUGUGGGCCCUCUGCCAGCGCAUCUCCAGCUGCACUGAUACUCGCCACACUCCUCACAGCCCUGUGAGCCACGCACGGACCUGUCCCUGGGACUUCCAGGCCAACCCCCCUCAGGAUGUCCAUAGACCCCACACUUGACACUGGGUGUGGGCCCCGCGUUGCUGGGGUCUGUGGGAUGCGGCUGGGAGAGGCUGGUGGAUGGAAGCACAGGGGUGCUAUGGGGAGGUGA